CUGUUGAGUAUUUGAAGUUUUGAUGUUCGAACGUUUUUUUUUUCUUUCGUGGCGGGUCAUAGUUCCGCCUUUUUGAUACAGACUCCAUAUACUUACACGUCGAAAAUCGGCAUCGUGACUUCGACUUGUUUGUCAGUGCGAUUUAACGAUGACGGAUAUCAACGAAUCUGACUUGUACAAGCUAUUUAAGAAAUCUGAAGAAGCUGAAAGCGUCUAUACAAUCGGAACUACCGUAGACACAGGUUUGGAAUGGCAGGCGGUUGACGAAUGCAAAGAGAAGGUGGAUACGACUUUACACGUUGUCAAGGAGCGUGGAAAAAUCUAUUUUAACAUACGUCUGGACCAAUUUUCAAAAGUAAAAGAAAUGAGAUCGAUUGACAAUAUUUUUCUGGUAUCCGAUGUCCGUCAAUUCAACUUCUCAGAAGAUGAUGGCGAGACUGAUUUGACGUUGCUAAAAAAUGCAAUAGAGAAAGAUCUCAGGCUAGAAAAGGGUUUGGAAGCAUGGAAAGCAAUGACUGGCUUUCGUGGCAAACUUUACCCUAAACAAGAAGAAUUUAAAGAUGCGGAUAAACUGCUCAAAGCUGAAAAAAAUCAACCCCCGGAAGAUGCAGUUGUAGGGGAUGUCAGGAAGGGAAGAAAACGGGGUAGAGAUCCGUCCUUAUCCAGUGAAGAAGACAUCCUCAAGUACAGAGUGACUUGCGAAAGAACAGGUUCUCAUGCCUUUGAAUCUGGUCAAGUUGCGAGAGUAAUCGGGGGAGAAUUACAAGAUAAAUAUUUCUGGCUAGUCGACUUGACCAUGUACCAUCUGGAAGUCAUUUGCAAUCUAGUUCAGAAUGAGCUGGCAACCUGUCUUCGCAUAACUCAUGAGUCCAAACAUCGCCGUAAUAUUAUUCACUUUGGCCCAACUACGCUGCGAGCUACUGUGUGUUAUAGUUUAUUACGACUUGCGAAUCCAAAGCCAGGGGAUAUCAUAAUCGAUCCAAUGUGUGGCGGAGGCUCCAUACCGAUCGAGGCAGCAAUCGCUUUCCCAGAUACAUACGUUUUGUGUGGAGAUAAUCAUGAGAAAGCUGUUGCUAGAACAAAGUUAAAUAUCGAUGCUCAAUCUAUCAAUCAUAAGACAGAGCUGAUCACAUGGAGUGUCGCCAAAUUACCGCUGAAAGAUUCUUAUGUUGACAUUGUGGUAACUGACAUGCCAUUCGGAAAGCGAAGUGGUUCAAUGACAGACAACAGAGUGCUUUACAAAAGAUACAUUACAGAGUUGGCUCGUGUUGCAAAACUAGGUACAGGACGUCUGGUUCUACUGACUUACGAUCGCCGCAGUAUUCAAAUGGCUUUACAAUCCGCAAGCAAUUUAUUCAAAGUGAUAAAAAUGCUCGGGGUUAAUAUGGGCGGGUUGCACGCAGCUGUCUAUGUUUUGAAGAGGACCAAGUUACCGUAUAACCCGUAGAAGAGUAAUUCUUCGACUUUGCAAGACUGAUAAGAAUCAAACACAAGUUAUCAGGAUACUUUGUUUAUUGUAAAGUGGAAAAUAUGAUUUCCAUAAACAUUGAA